AUGGCUGGAAGUGGUCUAAAAGAACUAUGGAAUACAAUAUAUGCAGCUAAUUCGAUUGAAAAAAUGAUAACUGGACAUGCGUAUUCUAGAGCUGUACGGGCGCAUAUGUUAACCCAGGUCUGCCUUGGAAAAUUAAUUUUGGACGAACUUGAUUUGACGGAAGAAUUCAAAAUAACUCUAAAACAGCACAUUUUAAGUACAGAUUUUACACUGUGA